AGGAAGCGUCCCAUAAGGGGACAAGCACGCGGCCCCUCACUGGUUGCUGGGUCCUGUUUACAGCAGUUUCCACCCAUCCGGAGGACCUGCUCCUGGCUGCUGGGGCCCCACGCCUUUCUUCUUCAUUCACAGCAGCUGUGCCUGGAACAUUCGACCUCCAGACCACUCUAGUUUAACUACAUCCACCUGGCUUCCUCUGAGUCCACUGCCUGCAAGAGCUCAUACUUCUCCAGGCCACCCAAUACCUUCCCCAGGCCGCCCAGCGCCCGCUGGCUGCACCCCACCAGAAGAGAAUGGAAGGACUUCCGAGGAGCACAUAUGGAACUAUGGCUAAAGGCAGUGUAGAAGAUAACCGAAUUGCAUCAUCAUCCUCACUGAGGCUGGUCCUGGUGGGCAAAUCCGGCUGCGGGAAAAGUGCCACUGGGAACAGCAUCCUCUGCCAGACCGUGUUUGAGUCCAAACUGGGGGCCCAGACCAUGACCAGGAGAUGCCAGGAGGCCACAGGCACGUGGAAUGGGAGGAACAUUAUGGUGGUUGACACGCCCUCCAUCUUUGAGGCAAAGGCCAAGGACCAAGAUAUGUAUGAGGACAUCGGGGACUGCUACCUGCUCUCAGUCCCAGGACCACACGUGUUCCUGCUAGUGACACAGCUGGGGCGCUUCACUGCCCAGGACACGGUGGCAGUGAGGAGGGUGAAGGAGGUCUUUGGGGUAGGAGCCAUGAGACACAUGGUGGUCCUCUUCACCCACAAGGAGGACUUAGGGGAUGGGUCCUUAGAUGACUAUGUAGUCAACACGGACAACCACAGCCUGAGGAGCCUGAUCCAGGAGUGUGGGAGGAGGUACUGUGGCUUCAACAACCGGGCCACUGGGGAGGAGCAGAGGGAGCAGCUGGAGGAGCUGAUGGCUGUGGUCGAGAGCCUGGAAAGAGAACACCAGGGCGCCUACUACACAAACAACCUCUACUUUGAUGCACAAAUGCUCAAGGAAGGUAUGGUCAGCACCACUGGACUAGAGUACAGGCGUUACCUGGCCAAGGUGAAAGCUUAUGUUGAAAAGCAAAAGCGAAUCCUGAAGGAGACCCAGGUGUCCAACGUGCUCCUCAGAGUCAGGAAGUGGAUGCGUUCUAACAUUGGGUUAUCUGCUUUCCUUGUGAUAUGCCUUCUGAUUUUUCUUGCCCUUUUAAUUAAGUUGUGUAUUCCUUAAAGAACACUGAGCAUUUUCAGCUGACUUCGACAAUUGGCUUCUUUUUUCCAGACUCACUAUCUGUGUCUGUGUUUGUAAGAAACUUAGGUGCUUUUUGCUGAAGUUCAGUUUUCAUUUCUCUUCCUUGCAUUAGACAUGUCAUUCAUGUUCUCCUAGUGUUUCUAGAUAAAUAAAAUCCAAAGGAAAAUA